AUGUGUCUAGAGAUCAAGUUAGAGUCGCCGUUCAAUGGCAGACAAGGUUGCUUAGUUUUGGAGAGCUGCACUGUAUGCCGAGAUCAAGCCGCCGUCAAACGAGCUGAAGAAGCCGCCGCGAGCUGCCGAGCGAAAGACGCAACGAUGAGUUCGAGGCCGAACUCCUUCGUCAUCGCAGAUCUAGGACGGCCCGUACAAUCUCAAACUGUAUUUCAGGACGAGCACCGUGGAUCGAUGACGAGCAAGGGAGACGCUGAUCACCAUCUACCAUCCGCUAAACUGGGGCCGAAAAUGCGAGUGUGGACAGUUCGACCAAAGGCGCACAAGAGUGCUGGGGAGGCGAACGCAAGGAGGAGGAGUUGCGUAUGGAAAACUCCCAAUCCCUGGCCCCAGCGAUGCAAGCCCAUAAACGAUGAUGUUACAGCUACUCGGAAGCCAUUGAAGCCGCGCAGGGGAUGCGCUUCGAGCACACCGCUUUGUUCCCAAUACGAUGAAGGUGCUCACAUCACCACUGCAUUGGCAGUGCUGAAACACAUCAACGUCCCUAGCGCCUCCACCGUGGCCCACCAGCAAGUUUUUUCAGGUCUGCCGUCGUCUUUUGGAAGGGUCCACACCGAAGUGGACUACAACAGCGAGGUUAUUGUUUACGCCUAUGGACUGGGAGUUGCUGGCGAAGAACUUGCUGGAAAUCAAAAUCGUCACGGCAAUAACUUGUAUGGCCAGAUACUGCCGUCGGGAAUACCGAUGAGGCUGGUCCUCAUAGCGCUGGAACGACAUCUGCAGCCAGGGGAACGCUUCAUUCAGAGUCCGUAUGAGGGCAGCAGCGCGACGGAAUGGUCUAACAUGGGACGUAUGUAUGGAUCGCCGUUUAAUGGCAGACAAGUUUUGCUAUUUUUGGAGAAGCUGCAUGUCAUGCCAGAGAUCAAGGUCGCGUCAAACGAGCUGAAGGAAGCACGCCGCUAG